CUUCUCAGCCCCCAAUCUCCAUCAAAUCUUCUCCUCACAAUUCCGCCCAAAAUGCCUCCCCAAAGACUCAAGGUCGCCUGCGCAGGCCUCGGACGCAUGGGCAAACGCCAUGCUCUCCAUUUUUUGAAUCGCACUCCCCGUGCAGAGCUCGUAGCAGCAAGCUCUCCAGACGACGCCGAGAUUCAAUGGGCCAGGCAGCAUUUAGAGCCCUUUGGGGUCCGGCUUUACAAAGAUUACGAUGAGAUGAUCAAGCAGGAGGGUUUACAAGCUGUGGUUAUCGCAUCUGUUACCACAGUACAUGCUGAGCAGGCUAUUAAAGCUAUUGAUGCCAAUUUGCAUGUGCUGUGUGAGAAGCCCCUCAGUACUUCGGUCGAAGUGUCACAAUCUGUAGUCGACGCAGCAAAGAAAAAGCCAAAUCUCAAAGUUAUGUGCGGUUUCUCCCGCCGUUUCGAUGCCUCGUACCGCGACGCCCACGACAAAAUGGACGGCGGACGCAUCGGCCGCCCAUCCAUCUUCCGCUCUCAAACAUGUGAUAUGCUCGACCCCACCGGGUUCUUCGUUGCAUACGCCGAGUUCUCGGGUGGGAUAUUCGUCGAUUGCUCGAUCCAUGAUAUCGAUCUUGCUUUGUGGUUCUUUGGCCAGGAUUCUCAAGUCAAAAGUGUUGUUGCUUCUGGGAUAACGGCUGUGCAGCCGGAGUUAAGGAAACAUCAAGAUCGAGAUAACGCUGUCGGGAUUGUAGAGUUUUAUGGGGGACAGAUUGCGUAUCUGUUUGCUAGCAGAAUGAUGGCAGCAGGACAGGACGAUGCUACGGAGAUCAUUGGGACGGAGGGGAAGUUGCAGGUCAAUGCGCAGCCGAUGAGCAAUUUGGUGAAUAUCUAUGAAGCGGGUGGCGUGCGGAGGGAGAUCCCGCCGCAUUAUUAUGGGAGGUUUGAGAAUGCGUUUGUGACGGAAGCGAAUGAGUUUACGGCGUGUUGCUUGGAUGAUGGGAAGUUGCCGAUGAAGUUGACGGGCGCGGUGCAGGCGGUUAAGAUUGGGUGUGCGCUGCAGGAGGCGUUGGUGACGGGGAAGAAGAUUUGGUUUGAUGAGGUGGGGAGGAGGAGUGAGAAGGCUUUGUUGUGA